AUGGAAACAGCACGAGCGGGGUGGAGCGGAGCUGAGCGGAUAUUCAUUAGAAACGCAGCCAGCGAGGCGAAGCGGUGCGGAGGACAACGGGGUGCAGAGCGGAGGACAGCGGAACGGGGCGGUACGGAGCUGGGCGGUGCGGAGCGGUGCGGGACCAAAUUCGUUUAUCGCGCACUGUACGUACGGGGCCAACAUUUAGUUUACAAAUAUUUAUCAAUACUAAUAUUUACUAGGUACCUGAACAAUGUCAACACAAACACAAUGGGUAGGGCCAAAAAAGCACCAGUAGUUGGUGCCAUGUUCGGGCUCGGUCGCGCCGGCUCCAUCCAUUUGGCGAGCAUCAUCAACAACCCUCGCAUCACACUUAAGUACAUCGUCGACGACCGCAAGGAGAAGUUUGCGGACCUCAAGUCCUACUGGAACCUCAGCGAUGACGUCACCUUUCUGACGUCUAAGGAGAGCGAUCGCGUCUUCAAGGACAAAGCCGUCAACGCCGUGUUCGUUGGCUCCCCGACAUUCACACACCACGAUAUCGUCGUCAACGCGAUCGCUAACAACAAAGAUGUUUUCUGUGAGAAACCCAUCGCUGAAAGUAUCGAAGAUACGAAAAAGUGUUACGACACAGCCAAGGCUAAGGGACGAGUCCUGUUUGCCGCCUUCAACCGCAGGUUCGAUCCGGCAUACAGAUCUCUGAAGGAACAAGUCAGGAAGGGAGCCGUUGGUCACGUCCAAAUUCUCAAAGUUACAGCAAGAGACUCUCCAUUGCCUUCUGUUGAAUACUUAAAGACUUCAGGUGGCGUUUUCCAUGACUGCUUGGUGCACGAUUUUGAUAUGUCGUGCUGGGUUUUGGGAGAGUUGCCUGUCCGCGUGCAAGCGACGGCCUCGGCUUUGAUUCCGGAAAUCAAGGCCAUCGAUGACUUCGACACCAUUGCCUUCCUCCUGACCUUCCCGUCUGGCGCUGUAGCCAUCGGAGACAACAGCAGAUUCAGUGCCUACGGGUACGACCAAAGACUCGAAGUCUUCGGAAACAAAGGUAUGAUUAAGGUUGAAAACGAGAGACCAGCUCACUCCACGGAAACGGUCAUUGGACAAGAAGGCAUUAAGCUGAACCCCAUUUACUACUCCUUCCCCUCGCGCUACAAGAUCGCGUACCAAAACGAACUUGAACAUUUCUUGGAUGUUGUUCAGUAUGGUGAACCUAUGGACGUCACCAGCUGGCAAACCCUGGCCGUGAGCAAGAUCGCCACGGCUGCUGAGCAGAGCGCCCGCACCGGCAAGACUGUAGAACUCGACUGGACCAAAGACGACAUUCCCGCCAUUUACUCUUAAAAGAUAAUAAAAAAGGAACUCGAAAUAUAUUUUUAUUUUAU